UCCUAUCGAAACGUCGGCAUAUCGAAACGACGGCCAAUCGAAAUUGUUCAUUGAAGUCGAGAAAAAAAAUAAUAUAUAAUAAUAGAAUAUUUCACCGUGAUAAUAUUGCCAAGCAUUGUUUUCCGCGUCUUCGCCGUCGGUAAUUGGGCAACUUUCAAAACGACCACAAAUCCAGUGCUCGAAGGGCCCCGAACAGCCGGAUAAACGGCACCAGAAACGAGACAUCAUCGACAGGCCAACCACAACGACAGCCCAACCACAUCCACAAAUCCACAGCCAAAUCCAAAUCCAAAACCGAAUCCCAAUCCGAAUCAAAGCCCAUUUCGAUUGAAAAGACAGCGUAGCAGCCAGCGGAAUGCCACUGUUUGGGAAGUCGCAGAAGUCGCCAGUGGAGCUGGUCAAGUCGCUAAAGGAGGCGAUCAACGCCCUGGAGGCGGGCGACCGCAAGGUGGAGAAGGCGCAGGAGGACGUCAGCAAGAACCUGGUCUCGAUCAAGAACAUGCUCUACGGGAGCAGUGACGCCGAGCCGCCGGCGGACUAUGUGGUGGCCCAGCUGUCGCAGGAGCUGUACAACAGCAACCUGCUGCUGUUGCUCAUCCAGAACCUGCACCGCAUCGACUUCGAGGGCAAGAAGCAUGUGGCGCUCAUAUUCAACAAUGUGCUGCGCCGCCAAAUUGGCACCCGUUCGCCCACCGUCGAGUAUAUCUGCACGAAGCCGGAGAUUCUGUUCACCCUGAUGGCCGGCUACGAGGAUGCGCAUCCGGAGAUCGCCCUGAACUCCGGCACAAUGCUGAGGGAGUGCGCCCGAUACGAGGCGCUGGCCAAGAUAAUGCUGCACUCCGACGAGUUCUUCAAGUUUUUCCGCUACGUGGAGGUGUCCACCUUCGACAUUGCCAGCGAUGCCUUCUCAACGUUCAAGGAGCUGCUCACGCGCCACAAGCUGCUGUGCGCCGAGUUCCUGGACGCUAACUACGACAAGUUCUUCUCGCAGCACUACCAGCGGCUGCUUAACUCGGAAAACUAUGUGACGCGGCGCCAGAGCUUGAAGCUGCUGGGAGAACUGCUGCUGGACCGGCACAACUUCACCGUGAUGACGCGCUACAUCUCCGAGCCGGAGAACCUCAAGCUGAUGAUGAACAUGCUCAAGGAGAAGUCGCGCAACAUACAGUUCGAGGCGUUUCACGUCUUCAAGGUGUUUGUGGCGAAUCCCAACAAGCCGAAGCCCAUCCUGGACAUCCUGCUGCGCAACCAGACGAAGCUGGUCGACUUUCUGACCAACUUCCACACGGAUCGCUCCGAGGACGAGCAGUUCAACGACGAGAAGGCCUAUCUGAUCAAGCAGAUAAAGGAGCUGAAGCCGCUGCCCGAGGCUUAGUUGGACCUGGACCUUGGCUCCAACUUCAGCUCCAACUCCAGAUCCAGAUCCAGCGUCCCGGGGGCAAAAGGACCGUAGCCAGAAGCGAUCGAUACGGAAGCAGAAGCAGAAACAGCGAGAGCGAGAGCGAGAGCGAUGGUGGGUUAGCAGGAUGUGAACAUGUUUUGUGUGUGGGUUAAAGCAAAUAUAUAUUAUAUAUGUAUACUAUAUUUUGUGACGAUGAUGACUCUACACUUGUGAGUAACUAAACAAUAAUUUAGACAACAACAACAACACUGAUGAUAAUGAUAAAUAACGAUAAAGCGAAUUAGAAAACCAAGAAAAAGUACGAGUAAAUAGCGUAAAGCCGAAAAAA